AUGACUCCCGCAAUCCCAGGCGAGCGGUCGUCACUGAUGGCCAGACGUGGAGCCGUAGCCUUGUCCAUAGCCGGUGUUGCCCUGGUACUCACCGCCAAAGCCCGUGUUCCCGCCGUAUGCAGCGUCGGCCUGCACGGCAUAGCCCGUCGACGUGUAGGCCGCGUGAACAGGACACGGCGAUCUGGUGAGCCCGGCUCCUCCGCAGCGCUGGCACGACGCGACCCUAUUCAAAACGUACUUCCUGGGAUGACCUCCACAAUGAGUGCAGUGGUUGAGGACGAAGCCGCCAAUGCAGCAAGCGUCGGUGUUGUUGUUCUGACCGCCGACUCCUUGAGCCAUGAUGAUCAAUUGGGUCUUGCCUUGAUUGAGGGUCCUGAAGAAGAGGUAGCGGGGGGAGGCAAUGCUGGUGCAAAAGCCGGCUUGCUUAGAAGAGAACUGAUAUUGACGAAGCUAUUGCGCUCUGAAUGA